CUGCUCUUCACCAAGGACUAGCUGCAGGCAGUGCCAGGAGCCCUCCCAGCUGCCUCACCCUCAAAUAAGCACUGGCUCAGAGAAGAAUCUGAUUUUUCCCCUGCAGGGAGAGGAGGAAAGGUGGAAGAACAGGAUCAGGUGCUGCAGUUGGGUGAGAUGUGGCUGCUGCUGGUGGCCCUGUGCCUGGCCCAGGGGCUGGAAGGUGCCAUCCCAGGUGAUGAAUUCUUCCACAACCCAGAGAGGUUCAUGAACAUUAGCGAGAAGAUCCUUUUCCACGGCUACCCCAGCGAGGAGUACGAGGUGAUGACAGAGGAUGGCUACUUCCUGAGCCUCAACAGGAUUCCCCACGGCAAGGAGGGCACCAGGCUCUCAGGAGGCAGGACCCCCGUGCUGAUAGUGCAUGGGUUUUGCCUUGAUGGUGGUGACUGGGUGGACAACUUACCCGAGAACAGCCUGGCCUUCAUCCUGGCGGACGCGGGAUAUGACGUCUGGAUCGGGAACAACCGCGGGAGCAGCUGGUCCCGCCGGCACCGCAGCCUCUCCACGGCCUCCGAGGAGUUCUGGGACUUCAGCUUCCACGAGAUGGCUGUGUACGACCUGCCGGCCAUGGUGGGCUUCAUCCUGAUGCAAACGGAGCAGAAGCAGCUGUUCUACGUUGGCCACGCUCAGGGCAGUUCCCUGGGUUUCAUAGCGUUUUCCAGCUUGCCACAUCUGGCCAAGAAAAUCAAACUCUUCUUUGCCCUGGCUCCCGUGUAUACCUUCCGCCACGUCCGGGGCCCUGUGUUAAAGCUGGCCUUCCUACCAGACCUGCUGCUCAAGGAGAUAUUUGGAACCAGAGAGCUGGUUCUGGUGCCAAGGAAGGAGAAGCUGUUCCUGGUUGACAAGUGCAGCAAGCCACUGGAAGCUGAAGUGUGUGCCGACAGCAUCUUCCUGGUUGGAGGCUUUGACAGGAACAACUUGAACAUGAGCCGACUGGACGUGUACCUAUCUCAUUUUCCAGACUAUACAUCAGUAAAAAAUCUCGUGCACUGGGGACAGACUGCAAAAACCGCCGAGUUCAAGCAGUUUGACUACGGGCUGAGAAACAUAGAGAAGUACAACCAGCUGAGCCCUCCCUCUUACGAGAUCGAGGCCAUGCGGGUGCCGGUGGCCGUGUGGAGCGGGGGGCACGACUGGGUGACCCCCCAUAAGGAGACCGAGCGCUUGCUGUCCCGCCUCACCCACGUCGUGCACCACGAGCACUUCCCCGACUGGAACCACUUCGACCACCACUGGGGCCUGAACGCCCCCCAGCGCAUGUACCAGCGGAUGGUGGCCAUGAUGGAGGAGAAUCCAUGA